GUGGGGUCUUUAUGUAGGAGACUGUUGGUGCCUGGACUGGACUGAGUAGUCAGUAACCACACCCACAGCUUUUAAAUACGGGCUAGAGAGAGGGGACUGGUAGGAGACUGUUGGUGCCUGGACUGGACUGAGUAGUCAGUAACCACACCCACAGCUUUUAAAUACGGGCUAGAGAGAGGGGACUGGUAGGAGACUGUUGGUGCCUGGACUGGACUGAGUAGUCAGUAACCACACCCACAGCUUUUAAAUACGGGCUAGAGAGAGGGGACUGGUAGGAGACUGUUGGUGCCUGGACUGGACUGAGUAGUCAGUAACCACACCCACAGCUUUUAAAUACGGGCUAGAGAGAGGGGACUGGUAGGAGACUGUUGGUGCCUGGACUGGACUGAGUAGUCAGUAACCACACCCACAGCUUUUAAAUACGGGCUAGAGAGAGGGGACUGGUAGGAGACUGUUGGUGCCUGGACUGGACUGAGUAGUCAGUAACCACACCCACAGCUUUUAAAUACGGGCUUGUGAAAGAACCCUCACACACACGGGCAACACCAGGAACAGAGGAAUAGGGAUUAACUUAACAUUGGUCUGUCACAUCACAUCUUGCCUGGCUGUUGGAAGGUUAGAAGAUGGCUGUGAAUAAGUGUAUCAAGUACUUGCUCUUCCUCUUCAAUCUAAUGUACUGGAUCAGUGGCUGCAUCAUUCUUGGUGUCUCCAUCUACCUCAAAGUGAGCAUGAAUGGAAACGUGAUAAUGGAUGAGGAAGUGCCAAUUGACCUGCUGAUAGCUGCUGGUGUCAUCAUCAUGGUACUGGGCAUCCUGGGCUGCUGUGGAGACAUUAAGGAAAACCGAUGCAUGCUCAUUCUGUUCUUCAUCGGGCUGCUCCACAUCUUCAUCCUCCUGUUGAUCGCCGGAAUCCUGGGAGUUGUCAGAGAGAAGGUGGUGUUGGAGGACGGGAGACUGACGGAGCAGCUACCACCGGAGGACGAGAAAUAUGAAGUGAAGAUGUGCAAAAAUGCAGGAGGACGAAAAGGGUACUCAACGCCUUGUGUCAAGAUUUCCAAGAAGAUCGUGCCUGGGACUGCUUUUAGUAUCGCAGUCUUGAUACUCUUUCGAAUGUCCUUCAUCAUGACCCUGUACAGCCAGAUUGGGAAGAGGGACGCCAACACUGCUCUAAUGCAGCAACACGUGAUACACUUGAUCUAGGGUUGUGGUCAAGUUGAAUUGGAAGUCAUCAAUUCAGGAAGUCAACUGAAAUUCCAAUACAAUAAUUGAAAAAAACAGGAUCUAUUUUCAAUGAUUUCUCAAACUGAAAAGCAGAAGUUAUUUAUUCCAAGUUUUUACAUUAGCAAUGUUAAAUACAAUUCACUUCCUCAAUUGACUGACUUCAAUUCAAAUUGACCCCAAUCAUGACUUAAUCAAAAACUGACUUUGACAUAUCCCAUACAGCAUGCAUUCAACAUGUACUUUAUACUGAAGGUCAGGGUUGGGGUUCAAAUCCAGUCAAUUCAGGAAGUACACUGAAAUUCCAAUUCUCUUCAAUGAGGAACAUGUGGAAUGGAAUUAGGUCUGCUUUGUGAAUUGACUGGACUGGAAAUGGAAUGGACCCCCAACCUGCUGAACAUCACUAUGGACCGCAUUGCAUCAUGCGUUUCUCGAUCAUAUACCUGCAUCAAACGAUGCUCUUAUUUGGGUUUCAGAUCUUUUUAAAUUACGGCAGUUUCUUCACUUGUGAAGUUGAUUGAUCCAUAUCUCAUUGAAAAUGAAUUUGUGUAUUUUUUUUUAAGGGAGCUCUGUUUCAUUGUCUACUGUUCUACGUCUCUCUCUGAAUUAGAGGGCUUUGCUGUCCAUACACUGAACUUGGUAUUAUUCAUGCUAAAAUGUUUACAAAUUUUCCCAUUUUAUUGCUAUCAUCUGGUAGAUAUUAAAGUCUGACAGUAAUAUUGAUCACGCUGUAUAUACAUUUACCUGUUAUAUAUUUGAGUUGUAUAAUGACUGCAGUACAUGUCAGAAUGUCUUCUGUUCAAGGCCUGUGACCAAAGUCUUUAUGGCUGUUCCCCUUUUUGAGUCACAUCAGAAAUAAAGAAGUAGUAAUUCA